AUGCAGAAUACCGAACGCCUUGAUUCUUCCGUUCCUGUAUGGAUUCUGCAUGUCGAUGGCUCUUCAAAUCAACAAGGUUGUGGAGCUGGUCUGGUGUUGACUACUCCAGACGGAGCCAAGAUAACGGCAGACUUUGCAGCCAAUGAUGCCUCUAUGUCAGCCUACUUAUCGGCAGCCCACCAACUCCUACAAAAAUUACAGGCCUACGAGAUUCGGCAGAUCCCCAGAUCAGAAAACAGUCACGCUGAUGCACUCUCACGUUUAGCUUCGGCAAUAAACGACAAGGUCGGAAGGAAGGUGCCGGUGGAGAUACUAUCCCAGCCAAGCACGGAAGCUGCUGAAGGACUGGACUUGAUCGAUUUGAUGCCGCAAGGCAAAGGCCAGGUCAAAUAUGUCGUAGUUGCCGUUGAUUACUUCACCAAAUGUGUAGAGGCCGAAGCUCUAGCAACUAUAACGGAAACCAGAAUGAAGGACUUCAUCUGGACCCACAUUUGCUGCCGAUUCGGUAUCCCCUAUGCAAUCAUCACCGACAAUGGCAGGCAGUUUGAUUCGGAAGUCUUCAGGCAGUUUUGCACUCGCCUCAAGAUCAAUAUGUUUUUUGCUUCCCCGGCCCACCCCCAGUCGAACGGUCAUGUCGAAGCAAUAAACAAAAUCAUCAAGAAGCUACUGAAACGACAUCUUGACAAAGCCAAAGGAGCUUGGUCGGAGAAGCUUCCAGAAGCAUUAUGGGCCAUUCAGACAUCCUACCGAACGGCAACCGGGGAAACCCCUUUUUCUCUCGUCUUCGGUUCGGAAGCGGUAGUCCCUGUGGAGAUCGGCGAGCCUUCCUACCGAACUAAAACCUUUACUCCAAAGGCGAACGAGGAAGCACUCGCUUUAAGCCUCGACCUGAUUGAAGAACGCCGAGCGCAAGCCAACCUUCGGAGAAGCUUACAAACAGCGCGUCUCUCAGUACUACGACUCAAGAGUCAGAUCCCGUUCUUUUCCAAAUCGGGGACUGAGUUAUACAAAAAGUCUUGCUGGCAAUUAAGAACCCCACGGAAGGAACCCUCAGACCUUUCUGGGAAGGACCUUACGAAAUCAUCGGCAUCCUCCGAUCGGGAACCUAUCGCCUCAGAGACUCAAACGGCAAGACCCUCGGUCAUCCUUGGAACGUCGAACAUCUGA